CCGCGUCGCCGCUCAGGUCCCUGCACCCGGAGUCGCCGAGAGCCGGCCGGCGACCCGCAUGGAGCCCCGCGCGGCGGACGGUUACUUCUUGGGCGACGUGGGUUUCUGGGUGGAGCGUACCCCAGUGCAUGAGGCUGCCCAGAGGGGUGAGAGCCUGCAGCUACAGCAGCUGAUUGAGAGCGGCGCCUGCGUUAACCAGGUCACGGUGGACUCCAUCACCCCCCUGCACGCGGCCAGUCUGCAGGGCCAGGCGCGGUGUGUCCAGCUGCUGCUGGCAGCUGGUGCUCAGGUGGAUGCCCGCAACAUUGAUGGCAGUACUCCUCUCUGUGAUGCCUGUGCUUCAGGCAGCAUUGAGUGUGUGAAGCUGUUGCUGUCCUAUGGGGCAAAGGUCAACCCUCCUCUGUACACAGCAUCCCCAUUGCACGAGGCCUGCAUGAGUGGGAGUUCUGAAUGUGUGAGGCUUCUAAUUGAUGUUGGGGCCAAUCUGGAAGCACACGAUUGCCAUUUUGGGACCCCUCUGCAUGUGGCCUGCGCCCGGGAGCAUCUAGACUGUGUCAAAGUGCUGCUCAAUGCAGGAGCCAAUGUGAAUGCAGCCAAACUUCAUGAGACUGCCCUUCAUCAUGCAGCCAAGGUGAAGAAUGUUGACCUCAUUGAGAUGCUCAUUGAGUUUGGAGGCAACAUCUACGCCCGCGACAACAGGGGGAAGAAACCAUCCGACUACACAUGGAGCAGCAGUGCCCCAGCCAAGUGCUUUGAGUAUUAUGAAAAGACACCUCUGACUUUAUCUCAGCUCUGCAGAGUGACCUUGAGGAAGGCAACUGGAGUUCGAGGGCUGGAGAAAAUCGCCAAGUUAAACAUCCCUCCCCGGCUCAUCGACUACCUUUCCUACAACUGAGCUGUAGGAAGAGGGCCGGGCAGACUGAUCACUCACCUAGCCUCAGGAGGCCGGUGUCCUGGGUCACGGUUGUGGAUGUGACCCUGUGCUAUUUUUCUGGAACUGAUGCUGUCACUCCAGCAUAGGCGUAACCCCUCAAUUUUCUGCUUUUCACUGACUUCCCUCUAAGGAAUGGUCAGGACAGAUGUCAGGGAGCCAGGCUGGAGCCUGAGGGGGCACGGUGGUUGAGUUUUGUAUGUUUGGGUGUCAUGCUGCAGAAAUACGAGGUCUCAGUCAUGCGUGGCCUGCAAUGGCCACGCUGUGGACAUUCUGCUAUCUAGGCACCCUUUCUGAGAUACCAGUCAGCACUUUCUAAGGCCUACCUGCACUCAGGUGGACCAUCACUCAGGGGCUUUAUACGGGUCAUACCGAGGAAAGCUCAGACUUUGUAUCCCCGCUGCUAGAAGUGUUUCUCCAGUAUUAGCUUGCAUACAAAGUUAUAUAGGAUAUAGCUCCAUACAGUAAUACUAAGAUUUGUCAAUGAGUGUAUAGUCAUUUCCAAUGUAAAGGGCUAUUAGAAGACUCUUUAGAGCUUGCUUUUCAUCUGUUUCUACAGUUACCAAAUUCUUCACCAUCCCUUUUUUUUUUCCUCCUUCUAAUUCCUUGAAGCUAUAAAACUAGUAGAAGUGGUUAGGAGUACCCAUUGGGCAUUAACAUUCAGUUCUCCACUCAUUUUUCAGAUUGUUAAGAAUAUUUAUCAUGCAAGGUAUUGGUUCAGGGCUUUGACCUGAACCAGAAUGAGAUCCAUCAGCCAGGAAAAGGCAGAAUGAGGAAAUGUUUUGCAGUGUCUUCUUGUAGUCAUAAAACUGUUCUUUCCCCUUGCAGGCCACAAGGUGAAAUAUAAUAACAAGUCUUGUAUUCAUAUUGGCUUUGCCUAAUAUCUUGUAUCUUAAUUUAAAAACACAUAUACAGCAAGGAGUUAGAGGAUUUUGCGUAAUUAGUCAUCUUCUACUGGGAAGAAGAUUCGCUCCCUUUCCAAUGUAAUCUUAGAUCUAAACUCUAAAAAAAAAGAAUGUUCCUGCAUGUAAUAAUAAUAUUUUUAAAAAGCA